UACUGUACUGUCAUUACGAUUGCCCACAGACUCAACACUAUCAUCGACUCCGACAAAGUGAUGGUGUUAGAUGCGGGACAAGUGGUUGAGUACGACAUUCCCCACAUUUUGUUGGAUACAAGCGAUGACAAUGAAAAUGAUGAGGAAGUAGACAGCGAUUGCAACGACUGA